CUAACUAUGAAUAACAUACAUAAUUUGAAACCUUGUGUAUAACAUAACGGUUUCCCAUUUUUCUGUAUAUAUAAUUUUAUAGGGCACAAGUUGUGGGAUGGCCACCGGUGAGAUCGUACCGGAAGAACGUGAUGGGUUCGAGCCAAAAAUCAAGCGGUGUCAAGGAGACGGCGGUGUUUGUAAAGGUUUCGAUGGAUGGAGCACCGUACUUGAGAAAAGUCGACUUAAAGAUGUAUAAGAGCUACGACGAACUCUCUAAUGCUUUGUCCAACAUGUUCAGCUCUUUUACUAUGGGAAAAAAUGGAGGAGAAGAAGGAAUGAUAGACUUCAUGAAUGAACGGAAACUUAGGGAUGUAGUGAACAGUUGGGACUAUGUUCCAUCUUAUGAAGACAAAGACGGUGACUGGAUGCUCGUCGGCGACGUCCCUUGGCCAAUGUUCGUUGAUACAUGCAAGCGUUUACGUCUCAUGAAAGGAUCUGACGCCAUUGGUCUCGCUCCGAGAGCAAUGGAGAAGUGCAAGAGCAGAACUUGAAGUUAAAAAAGUAGGUGGUCAUGCUCGUAUAUUUGACUAACACAUUUAUGAGUGUUAAUUGUGUUUUUCGAUGAAAAAUAUUGUUCAAUAUCUACUUUUCUUUUAAUUGUCUGCUUUAAUAUGAAUUGUAUGUGGUAUGUAGAUAAUGAACUUAAGUUAAAUUUGUGAGACGUUUGUAAUGAAAAAUAUGUAAUAAUUUGAACAUCUUUUUGUGUU